AUGUAUUUUCCAGCACCAGAUGAUGUGCCACCGAGCCCGUUUAGGACGCCAGGCUUCACCACUCAUUUCCCUCGUCUGACAUCUCUCGCUCGCAAUCUGCUGAGCGAUGAGGGCUACGAUCUCCCCUUCCAUUUCAGGCUAGGCCAUGCCAACGUCUCCUCUUCCCCUGCCUACCCUCUCUCCAAAACGGAACUCCUCAUGCGCAAGAGAGGCAAGAACAGCGCUCGGCUGGUGUUCUCGCACACGACGCCCACCAACAGCCGUCUGGUGUUUGGAAUGAAUGGCGUGGGGCAGCUGGAGGGUGAGCUGUUCAGCUCGUUCGCGGCUGGUGCCGCGGAGGAGGAGGAGGCCACUGCCGCUGGCGUUGAUGAGCCUGCUUCGCACGUGGAAGAUGGUCGAGGAGUGCGCUGGGGCUACGACGCAGGCUUUGAGGCCGUGAACAACUGCCCCGCUCCGUCCUACAUCGAUUUCUUCUGGGAGCAUUCCUAUCACAUCAGCACGAACAACUACCUGCGGGGAGGCUUCGUGGUGGGCGGCAUGCUCCCGGGAAGCAUGCUUCCGUUCGCGUUCGACGCCGGUGGAGUGGACCUGGGCGCCACCCUGCAGGCCGUCCGGGGACCCUGGGCGUUGGGAAUGGACUGUCAAGUGCGGACCAUGUGGCUCGAUCUUACGGGCGGUCGCUGUUUCCUCAACAGCGUGGUGGCCUAUCAGAAGCCCACCUUCGCCCUCACCAUGAACAUGCACGGCUUCGGCGAGCGAUUCAUCGCCAGCGCCGUCGCCAACCCGGUUGGGCUCUACCGAGCGUUCUGCAAAACCAACACGGCUAAGGAUGAGGACCUGUACAACUGUACGUGGCUGGCGGAAAACAAGAUCAAGUUCGACAUCCUCAACCUGGGCGUGGGCAACAACGCCUACCGCCUCUCGGUGCACAGUAGUUCCCUCGUUCGACUCUACCGCAACACGCACGUGAAGCUGAGCAGCUCGCUGCAAGCCGACGUGCUCCCGUUCGACCCCAACACCGCCCGCAUUGGCCUUUCCCUCGUCUUUGUUGUAUGA